UUACUUUUGGCCUUUAGGUUGCACUUCUUUGGGUGUGAUGCCGUGUGACAACUAAGUAACAUGGUGCCCCAGGAGUAUUAUUAGGCUUAAACGGGGUCUCAAAUAAGACCUGAUAUAAGUUUCUUCAGAAAGCUGCCAUGAUGAAUGUAAUUCGAUGUGGCAUUUUUUUAUUUGAUCAACAAAUUUAUACUGCGUGUGUAUUAAUUGUCUGAUAGAUUCUGGGUCCACAACCAAUGAACAAAUCAGAAAUAAUUAUGGAUUAUGUAGACAAGCAGGGGAUACAGAGUUAGACAGAUGAUGAUGUGCAAAAUUGUGAAAACCGAUGAGAUUCUGAUGUCACAUUUGCUUUGUCUCCAGAGGACAAACUCUGGAGUCGAAAUGUUUGGGUCCAAAUCGCAGUUUCUUCUUUUCUUAUGCUGUGACCAUGAGACUGUCAGCAUCGGCUCUCCCGUCUGAACUGGAAAUGGUGCUGUCUGUGAAUGAGGCAGCACCUACAUCAUUCAUAGAUUUAAGACUGUUGAGUCAGCUACUGCAUGUAAACUCUUAACACAGUCCACAAGGACAAUGUUAAACAAACAUUAACUGUUAGUACUAUUAUUCAGAGAAUGGGACCACAUUGAGAAAGUGGCUGUAUAUUCUAUCCUAUACUUGUUCUGCAUUCAUUCAGCAAAAUAUACAUCAAAUGUAGAAAAUAAGGAUGAAGAUAUUUCCUGAAUCAAAAGGACAUUUCUAUUAUGCUAUGUCACAACAGUCAUUUUUUUUUUUAUUCUGAGAAACUUCACCUUUUCCCUUCAACUUUCUCCACCAGUCCUCUCCAGUUAGUAUGCCAGCAUGAGGCCUGAGAACCAGAGCAGUGUGUCUGAGUUCCUCCUCCUGGGGCUGCCCAUCCUGCCAGAGCACCAGGGCAUGUUCUUCGCCCUGUUCCUGGGCAUGUACCUGACCACAGUGCUGGGCAACCUGCUCAUCAUCCUGCUCAUCAGGCUGGACUCCCACCUGCACACGCCCAUGUACUUCUUCCUCAGCCACUUGGCCUUCACUGAUGUCUCUUUCUCAUCUGUCACUGUCCCAAAGAUGCUGAUGAACAUGCUAAUCCAGCACCUCUCUAUUCCCUAUGAAGGCUGCAUUUCACAGGUGUAUUUUUUCAUACUUUUUGCAGACCUGGACAGUUUCUUGAUCACUUCAAUGGCUUAUGACAGGUAUGUGGCCAUCUGUCACCCUCUGCAGUACACCACCAUCAUGAGUCAGCGCAUUUGUGUCAUGCUGGUGGCUGGGUCCUGGGUCAUUGCUUGUGCUUGUGCUCUUUUGCAUACCCUCCUCCUAGCCCGGCUGUCCUUCUGUGCUGAGCACACCAUCCCCCACUUCUUCUGUGACCUUGAUGCCCUGCUCAAAUUGUCCUGCUCAGACACUUCCCUCAACCAACUGGUAGUCUUUACUGUGGGAUUAACAGCUAUUAUGCUUCCAUUCUUAUGCAUCUUGGUUUCCUAUGGCCGUAUUGGGGUGAGCAUCCUCCGGGGUCCCUCUGCCAGUAACAUCUGUAAAGCCUUGUCCACAUGUGGAUCUCAUCUCUCAGUAGUGACCCUCUAUUAUGGGGCAAUUAUUGGUCUAUAUUUUCUUCCUUCGCCCAACAACUCGAAUGACAAUAACAUAAUCGCUUCAUUGAUGUACACAGUGGUAACUCCCAUGCUGAACCCCUUCAUUUAUAGCCUGAGAAAUAAAGACAUGAAAGGGGCCUUGAGAAAACUCUUGAAUAAGAAAGCAUAUUCUUCCAACUGAUACUUGCCAUGUAAAUACAAAUUAUUAAAAAUAUAGCUCACUUGCCUUCCUUCUUACAGCUGUCACUCACAACCUUGGAUGACAUUCUUGGACCUGUUAGGGGGAUGAGUAAAACAGGAUGUGGUUUAUAGAACUUAAUUUGCUCUUUUCUCGGAUAAUGGGGAGUGUAAAAGACUCUGAGGAUGCUGUGUCACUUUGACUGGUGUCAUUAAACAGAAGUUGCCAGGACUGAUCCUUCUCCCAAUUUUUAAGUUGUUGUAAAAUGUGUUUCAUUUUCCACAUCUCCGUUUUUAAAGAAUUUGCUAUUUUGGUGGGAAUAUAGCUUCUCCUUUCCCAGGUACCCAAACAUCCAGGGGUCCUGAGCCCUUCUAGAACCUUCAGGGAGAACAUAUUAAAUUUUGCUCUCCUUACAUAAUUAUUAACACACUGUUUUCUUGUCCUUUAGGAAUACAUCUCACACAUCAUUUCUCCCCAACACAGUGAGUUAUUCAGCAACACCAUAAAUGUCACAUCUGUUGUUCUAGGUACCAGUCAAAAUCUUAACAUAUGUUAACAUCAUCUACUUUGAUCCUGAGAACAGCCCUAAGAGAUAUGUUGGGAAAACUGAGGCUCAAAGAGGUGAACAGUAGGACUGAAGUUAGUGAAAGGAAGGCUUGAAUCUUGGCUCUGUGACCUCAGAGCGAUUCAGCCAAGGAUUAUAAUCAUUUGUGGAGAACACUGUAUCCUGAGGAGGAGUAAUUAGCUAAGCCUAGUGGCAGAGACUAUGUGAAGAACUUCCCAGAGGUGGUACUGCUUUACCUGAGACUGAACAAAAUCAGAAUUAUGCAGACACACCAAGUUCUGUCUUACCCUGAUGAUCCCAGGCAGAGGAGCAGCAUGUUUUAGGAUGUUAAACUGCAAGUUCCAGCUGAGGCACCAAGAUUUCAUGGACACCAGAUACCCAAGUGAGCAAAGUAAAGAUGUUUGAUUUUUGUGAGGGAUGGAUUAGUUACUCAAAAGUAAAAAGAACCCUUUUUACUUUUAGGUCGAACGAGCAAAUAUUUCCACGAAUUCAAAAAUGUGUAGAAUUUUUUAUCCAAUAUUUUAUCUCCAAGUGUUCCUAGUUCCCACAAUUCACCUCAUCACUCCUAAGUCCUCAGAAAAUUUCAGGAAAUGAAUUGAGUUUUAAUAGGAUUUUUAGAUAUUUUAUUUUCAGAUUUUAUUUUUUGUUGGGGUAGGUAUAUUUCAGGACUUUUACCCUGCCAUUCCUGUUGACAUCACUUUAGAAUAAUUAGUUUUUACACAAAAAUAGGGGAGUAUUGAGGAGGAGCUAUAAUUUGAGCUUCAUCAUGAAUGAAUUUGCUAGGUGAAAAAUUUGGGAAGAACAUUUCAAGUUUUCAUCCUUCUUGUCUCCUACCUGUAUUUUAGAUCUUGGAUUGCAGCUUCCUCUAGCUUUUCAAGCUCCCUCUGGAGAAAGAUAGACAAGAGCUUCGCUAUGCCUAAUCUAUUAAAUAAGGCCACUUAUUCUCCUGAAAUGUACAUGGUGUGGCAAAAGUACAGUAGGUUUAGUUGUGAGUACAUGAAACAGUAUAUUUUUGUAUUCUUAUUGAUUAAUUAUUGUAUUAUUUUCCAUACAAACAACCAUAAACCUACUUUUGCCCCAUCAUGUAGACAAUAGCAUCCAAUUUCCAAGGUUAUUUCUGUCAACCUAAAAUUAAAACACUGAAAUGAAAAGCAACAAGCAUUUAUUUGGGAUCAAAGAAUUGCAAUUUGGGCAGCCAGGUUCAGGCAGAAAUCCAAAUGGUGACCCUAUUACAGGUUGAAUGCAAGGGGCUUUAAUAAUGAAAGGAAAGGAAUAAUUACAUGGAAGGAAGUAGAAUCCCUAUUGGUGCUAAUAAUCUGAGUUACUCUUGGCCAUACCAGACUGAUUACUGAUUCCGUCUUCGGAUAGAGUUUAGAACCGUGAGUCCUGGUGGUCAGGAUGUCUGCUGUCCUGCUGGCUUUACAAACAAUUGUUUGUAAGACAGUGUAGGUUUGGUACAGUCCAAAGAUCUGGUCCAGCUUAAACAGUGUAAGGGUUCAAGAAGCAAGACAUGCAAGGCAGUUUCUCUGAAAUGGCUGCUCUUGUUCUAUUUUAAAAUGGCUCUAUGUAUAUCACCUUUCAUUUUCCUCAGAACAAAGAACUCUCUCUCUGGCCUCUGGCCAUGCAGGUGCUGGUCACCCAACCUUUGGCCACCCCAGGCUCUUGCCACCCUUGCUUUUGCUCUCCCAUUAGAAUUUAGCACUAAUAAACACUGCCUGCAUGCUAAUAGGCUUGCUGAUCUGUUAUUCUUUACUGCUUCAGCAAGAAGAACUAGGUUUCUCCUGUUAACACUAUUACAGACAUCCCCAUUCUCCCACCUU